UUUUGCUUUUGGAAAGAUUUUUAUCUGCAUGUCCAGCCCUCUCUACGUCCUACUUUUUUCAAAAAAUCAUCCCUUAGGGCAAAUAAGAAAGUGUGCCCUGUCUGCUGGCAAGAGGAGGCUGUUCAGAAAGCCUUGCUUCUCUCUCUCUCUCUCUCUCUCUCUCUCUCUCUCUCUCUCUCUCUCUCUCUCUCACUCUCUCACUCUCUCUCUGCCACCCUUCUGCUUCACUCUCACUGUGCCUCCCUCUUUCUUUCCUCUUCGCCUGCGGACAGGCCACAGGUUUGUCCUCUUUUGUUGCUGCUCUGAAGGAAAUCACACUUAUUCUAAGUUAAGAACUGAAAGAAAAGGCUGAUUGAAGAUUUUUUGAAAUAUUUUUGGAAAAUUAUUUUCCAUAACAGAGGAAUACUUUUGGGAAUGCGAUCAGUGAUGUUCCUCUCUUUGCUGCUGUGCACCAUCUGUCCCUUUGUCCUGCCGUCCUCUGCUGUCCCCAGACCCGGACCAACAGCAGAUGAAAACAGCUUUUUGCAAGUUACCAUUCCUAGGAGUCCUCCUGUAUCUGCGGUUUUGGGAGGCUCCAUGACUCUGCCAUGCUUGGUGUCCCUGCCACAGCCUUCCCCAACUCCAUCCUCACCGGGUCGGCAUGCGGUGCUCACCAUGCCAAGAGUUAAGUGGAGCGUUCAUUCCUCUGGACGAGAGACUGAAAUCCUGGUGGCUCGAGGGGAAAGGGUGAAGGUCAGUGAACUUUACAAGGGUCGGGCCUCGCUGCUGAACUAUGCCUUAUCUCCAGCUGACCUUACCCUCCAACUGGACGGCUUGAGGCACAACGAUACAGGAUUCUACCGCUGUGAGGUCCAGCAGGGCCUGGAGGAUGCUCAUGACCUGGUUCAGAUCAGAGUCAAAGGUGUGGUGUUUCACUAUCGUCAUGCCUCCAGCCGCUACGCUUUCUCUUUUGAUGAAGCCAAAGAUGCGUGUGAGGACAUCGGAGCUCAAAUUGCGACUCCAGAGCAGCUUCUGGCUGCUUAUAACAGUGGCUAUGAGCAGUGCGAUGCUGGGUGGUUAGCGGAUGGUUCUGUGAGAUACCCUAUCCAGAUGCCUCGGGAGGGCUGUUUUGGAGACAUGGAUGGUCUGCCAGGAGUCAGGAACUAUGGCAUGAUGGAUGUCGAUGAGCUUUUUGAUGUGUAUUGCUAUAUAGAGAACAUCCAUGGCGAAGUGUUCCAUGGGUCAACUCCACAGCGUUUCACGCUGGCCGAGGCUAAAGCAUACUGUGAACAGCAGGGUGCAGAGUUAGCUUCCACUAGCCAGCUAUAUGCUGCGUGGAAUGAUGGUCUUAACCACUGUAGCCCAGGCUGGCUGGCUGACGGAAGUGUGCGAUACCCAAUCGUAAUCCCACGAGAGCGCUGUGGGGGAUCUGAUCCUGGGGUCAAGACGGUGUAUCGCUUUGGAAACCAAACCGGCUUUCCAGAGCCUAACACUCACCAUGAUGCAUACUGCUUCAGGGGAAACCUUAAUUCUCACACAGUGACCCCUGUAGAUUUUUUGGCAACAGAGCCAGAAGACAUCGGCCAGGACAUUGUGACCUUAACUGACCCUCAGGAAGAGUUUAGUCUGGGUCAUGUGACUGAACACACACAGAAUGAAGCUCUGGGGGCUGUUGAGACCUACCCUAUAUACAGUGAACAGACACCAGCAGAGUCCGACAAACACGAGGAGGCUACACCUACCCUAUCUGAUGAAGUUUAUACUACCACUGCCGAUAGUAAAAUCCUCACCACUACAGCAUCGUAUGACUGGCAACCUAAAUCAUCUCAGAACGUCUGGCAAGAUGUACUCACCAACCCUAUUGAGUUUAAAUCAGCCCCAGAGGUCCACCUAGAGCCUAAUCAUGAAGAUGAAAUUGAAGAUCCAGAUACAGAGAACAGUACAGCAACGUAUGUGGUUAAGAGUCACAAUCACAAGCAUUAUCAGCCAAUGCCAAACACAAACCUGGAAUCGGGAGAGGAACUGGAAUACAAAAUCUACAUAGAGAGAAAGCCAGAAACUACAUUUGAGAUUUUAGAGCCGGCCACUGAAUUUCGGGAGAUCGGAGGAUCCAAACAUUUCCAACCCAUGCCUGAAACCAACCUUGAUGAGCAGGAAGAAAGCCAAGAGUAUGAACAUCAGACUGUAAUGCAGCCACAUGAAGACAACACCACUGAACCAUCAAGAUUGGAUGAAGAUCUAGACCACACAACUAUCAAGGGAUCAAAAGAUGAAGUGACCACACAAUCUACUGAGAUUUCUUCACUUAUCACCCUGACUCAAGCAGAUUUAAAUGAGAAUUCAUCGUCUGAAGCCACCACAGAGAGUUUUACACCCACUCAUGAAGAGUCUGGUGUUACAGACACUUAUUCUACAGUAAAUGGAGUGGAUCAGGAGGCUGGACACACUUCAGCAGAAUCCCUAGUAGUGUCUGUCAGUUCUGCUGAUGUAGAAAGUAAUCACACAAUAGGAGGGACUAUAACUCCUACACCUGGAGAAGAAAAAGAAGCAGAUUCCACUGAUGGUUCUGGGGACCAUGAUGAUGUCCUGCUAGUGACCCUCUUGACUACACCUGCACCUCACAUGUGGGGCACAUCCAUUACUCAAAAGGCAGAGGUGGUGGAAACCAGUUCAGUAGUUCCAGUGGGUAGCACUCCUACUGAAUUGAUCACUGUGGUGGAGGAGAAGGUGGUGCAAGUUGAGCAAGAAGGGCUUGGAGUAGCACCUAAUGUUUUCAACACCACAAACACUUCUCUCACUGAGACUGAAACAACUUCCAUUAAUGAAGAUAGCAGCCAUGAGGAUGACGCUUCAGGACAGGAAGAGUCUUCUGGAGGCAGAUCUACAUUUUCAGAGUACCCAGAUCUCAAUGACUCCAACACAACAACCGUCGCUCCCUUUAACUCCACGGAUCUGCUUACUCUGAACACAACAUAUGCUGUUAAUCAAACAGAUGUUAUUAAUAAUGUCGAUGUCACUGAGACUCCAUUGAAGUCCAGCACGACUCCUUCUACUGUUGACGUCACGCUGCUGCCAGCUAUGACCCCGACUCCCAGCUGGGAUGUUUUGACCCCUCACACCCCACCACAAGAAUCCCGGGGAGAGUUCAGUGGUAAUGGUCCACUGUUUAUAGACAACCCUGAUUCCUCAGUGGAAUCUAACUUUACAGCAUCUUCCACCACUAAAGAACCUGAGAAGGCAAGGAGCCCAUCCACUACUACUAUGGUAGAUAAUGAAGAAAGUGAAGAAUAUGAUCUAACUACUGCUGAUGAGAACAGCAGUGAAAACCAUGAAGUAACAACCAGGGCACACCCACCCCACAUCACCCUAACCACCACAACAACACAGAGAGUGGUGGUCAGAACCGGCAUUUCAGAUGGCUGUGUUAAAAACCCCUGUGCUAAUGGAGGCACCUGUGUAGACAGUGGAGCUGCUGUCAAAUGCCUGUGCCUACCAACCUAUGGGGGAGACUUUUGCCAAACAGAUCUGGAACAGUGUGAACCAGGCUGGGACAAGUUCCAGGGCAGCUGUUACAAGCACUUCUCAAAGCGUCAGAGCUGGGAGGUGGCGGAGCAGCACUGCAGAAUGUGCGGCGCUCACCUGGUUUCCGUCAUGUCACCUGAGGAACAACAUUUCAUCAAUGAGAAGUACAGGGAAUACCAGUGGACUGGUCUCAAUGAUCGGACCAUUGAGGGGGAUUUCCACUGGUCUGAUGGCAACCCACUGCUUUAUGAAAACUGGUACCGUGGUCAGCCUGACAGUUAUUUCCUCUCAGGAGAAGACUGUGUGGUGAUGGUUUGGCAUGAUGGUGGACGAUGGAGUGAUGUGCCCUGUAACUAUCAUCUAGCUUACACCUGUAAGAAGGGCAUUGCUUUCUGUGGACCGCCCCCUGUAGUCUUGAAUGCUAAGCUGUUUCGUCAGCCGCGGCAGCGCUAUGAGGCUAAUGCUCAGAUACGUUACUACUGCGAAGCGGGAUUCCUUCAGAGACACAACCCCAUUAUCACAUGCCACAGCAACGGGCAGUGGGAGGAGCCCCAGAUCACCUGUACACCAGCAGAACCAGCAGAGUCAAAUGGAGAUCACCUCACACUGCCCACCCUUCAGAACCAGGACCCAACACUAAUAGAAGACACAGCCACAGAAAAGCAGCAUCACUAUUGAGGAUUGUAUUGACUAACCAGUGCUUCAUUUUCUCUUUUGCUGUUCCUUUCACGCAAGAGACAUCCAUCAGUGCAUCACGCUUGGCUUUAGGAAAGCCGUAUGUGCGUCAUACUUCCUGCCUUUUCCUCCAUUCAGCUUCUUUCAUGCACAUUUCUUUCCUGUUUGAAAUCCUAUUUGACACUGAAUUACCUCUUUUGUAAUUCUACGAAAAAUAUAAGUGGUAAUUAAACACAAAGCAGAACAAUCCCCAAUCAGUGGCAGAAGACAUACAUUGAAGCACAAGUGAAAAUGACAAAUUGAACAAAUACGUUUUAACCUCAGCUGGUCUGAAUUAAACUGAUUCCAGUGUCUCAUAACCAUGUACAUUCAUUCCAUCAAGAGUGUCCAUUCAUCCUGCUGCAAGAGCAGCUUGCAAUUAGGGCUGCAACUAAUGAUUAUUUUGGUAGUCAACUAAUCUGAUGAUUAUUUUUUUCGAAUAGUCGAUUAGUCUGUGAUUAUUUUUGCCAUGUUCUCCAUCUCUGAAAACGAUAGAAACAGCUGAACAUGAGAUUUAAGAGUAAUUUAAAUGUCUGGAUGUUGUUUCAAUGUGGAAAUUACUGAUAUUUAGUAAGUAAAUAUGUAGUCUGUUGAGUUUGGCACUUUUGGAGAUACAAAAAAGUUAAGUGUAAACUGUGUGAGUGAGUCAUUUACCCGUCUCCCAUUGCGCUUCUGUCCCCAGCACUUUGUGUAAUGCGGUACUGUUACAAAUGAACGAUUAGUCGACAAUGAAAUUUGUAGUCGAUAAAUUUAAAUAAUCAACAUUGUCGAUUAUGUCGACUAAUCGUUGCAGCCCUACUUACAAUUAAAAAUUACAUUUUUAAUAAUGUAAACUUAUGUAAUGCAAACCCUGCUGAAACCUAAACCUUGUUUCACAAAACUGCAGCAAUCAAACUCAUACAUUUAACCAUGUUUGGAUGCUUAAAGUCACAAAGCCUACACUGAAUCCUUGGCUUAAGUCUGACACUGGAAAUGGGGCUAGUAGUACUCUUUAACAGCCACCAUUCGUACAUUUGCACACAGUAAAACUUGUGCUCCUCAACACUUUAAACACAUUUAAACUCAAGUUGUUGUCAAUCAGAAGUGAUCAAAUCAAUUCUACAGCAGUGCAACACUGAAUUUACUAACACCCACCACUGUUUUUUGUGUUUUACCAGAAAAUUCUUGUUAUGCUACCAAAAAAACAGCCUGACAGUUGCAGGAGUUCAUAUUUAGAGCUUUAAACCAGCAGUAUGCCCUUCACUGGGCUACUAAGUCAACACAAAUUCUUAGAUUCAGUUAGACAGUCUACAUGUAGCUGGAACUCUGAACUCUGAAUUCAUUUGUGCCUGGCUGUGAAACACAAGCUUUUUAAGCGAUUUGGUGCUCAGUUUUUCAGGUCUCUGACUUUCUCUGAGGAACUGUCAUUUCUUACUUAAAUCCCUUACUAACAUCAUUAUCAUAGAGUAUCCACUAUGUUUUCACUGACCAAAAUCAAGCAUUUAUUUCCUCAUUCUGCAUUGUAGUAACAUUUGUCAUGAUUUAGUACAAUUUUGACUUGUUCUAAUGCCA